AUUUUUAUCUUGACCCUAGCUCACCGCCAAAGGAGGCAAAUAUUUUGCCAUCAAGAUAUGAACCAUUCACAUUCCUUCUUAAACCACGACACUUUAACAUUUUUGAAAGUUGGAUUGAAGAAGCUGAUCAAAAUGAUAAGAAAACUAAAAAUCUUUUACAUAAAUUUUUUAGUUCAAAUAAUUUGAAUACAAAUGAGAAAAAAGGAUAUUCUGGAAAAACAACCUUAAAUACGAAGCCAAAACAUUUUUCGAAUAACAAUCUCUAUGAUUUUGUUCUUCUUUAUCGUGGAAAGGAAAAUGAUUUCAAUGCAGAGAAAUUUCAUAAGUUAUGUGACAAUAAAGGUCCAACUUUGACAAUUGUAAAACUUACUGAUCAACGUCUUUUUGGUGGUUAUAAUGAUUUAAACACGGAACAUCAUUAUUUUGAAAGAAAAAACACUUUAAUUUGUGUACCGAAUUCUUUCGAACCAUCAUUGUUAUAG